UUUUCUUGGGCUUUAAAUAGUGGGAGCACUUCCGUGUACUGUCACCAAAGUAUUUUUUUCGGUUUAUUUCAUAUUUCAAUGUUAAAAUGAUCCACAGUCUCUUUAUAAUCAACAACACAGGGGAUGUGUUUAUGGAAAAGCACUGGAAGAGUGUCAUUCACAAGUCAAUAUGUGACUAUUUCUUUGAAGCACAGACAAAGGCUGGAAGCCCAGAGGACAUUUCACCAAUCAUUGCAACUCCUCAUCACUACCUCAUCAACAUCUACAGGAACCAGCUGUACUAUGUGGCAGUUGUCACCACUGAAGUGCCGCCCUUGUUUGUGAUAGAGUUUCUUCACCGUGUAGUGGAUGUUUUUGAAGACUACUUCCAGGGCUGCAGUGAGUCUAUCCUCAAGGAGCACUAUGUCAUUGUGUAUGAGCUACUGGAUGAGAUGCUGGACAAUGGAUUCCCACUGGCGAUGGAAGCAAACAUCCUCAAAGAACUCAUCAAACCCCCCAAUUUCUUACGAACAAUCACAGACACCAUCACUGGCAAGACUACUGGUGUGAGUGCCACCCUGCCAACCGGUCAGCUGUCCAAUGUUCCAUGGAGAAGGACAGGUGUAAAAUACACCAACAACGAGGCAUACUUUGAUGUUAUUGAGGAGGUGGAUGCCAUCAUUGACAAGUCUGGCAGCACGGUCACUGCAGAAAUACAGGGAUAUAUUGACUGCAUGGUGAAACUCUCAGGGAUGCCAGACCUGACUUUGACCUUUGUGAACCCCCGUUUCCUUGACGAUGUCAGCUUCCAUCCAUGUAUACGCUUCAAACGCUGGGAGACUGAGAAGAUCUUGUCAUUUGUACCACCUGAUGGGAACUUUAGAUUACUUUCUUACCACAUAGGAUCUAACAACAUGGUUGCCAUACCUGUUUACUUAAAGCACAACAUAUUUUACCGAGAGGGAUCUGCAGGACGCUUUGAUGUAACCGUCAGCCAAAAAACAACCAUGGGCAAAACGGUGGAAAAUCUAGUCUUAGAGUGCCCAUUUCCAAAGGCUGUGCUGAAUGUGACCUUAACCCCAAAUCAGGGCAAGUACACAUUUGAUCCUGUAACCAAGGUGAUGACCUGGGAGGUGGGUCGCCUAGAGACCACAAGGUCACCGAACAUCAAGGGCACAAUCAACCUGCAGACUGGCAGCCCUGUCCCUGAGAGCAAUCCUACCUUGUCUCUGCAGUUCACAAUCAGCACAUUGGCGAUAUCUGGGUUGAAGGUGAACAGACUGGACAUGUAUGGGGAGAAAUACAAGCCAUUCAAGGGUGUGAAAUAUUUAACAAAAGCAGGAAAGUUUCAAGUACGGACAUAGUUUGAAGUUCUGUUUAACCUAAGUGCAAUACUGGUUCCCGUUGUUGAUCUUUGAUUUUCAGAGUUAACUGAUUUUCAUGAAAACCUUUCAUUAAUUGUAUGUGAAUGUUUGAAUGCUAAAUCACUUUUCCAAUUAAGUUGACUUGUAAAAUGGUUAUUACAAAAAUGAUAUUUAGUAAUAUUAGCGCUGAACAGCAUGAUUUGAUAAGAUCUUUCCUAUGUUGAAAGCUGUAUAAAAAUUGACAAAAGAAUUGCUUAAAAUCAUUGAGCAAUCUUCCCAAAAUACAUUCACGUAUAUAAAUAUUAUCAUGACAAUUCACUUGUAGGAUUUUUGACUUAAUUAUAAUAUUAAAAUACAUAGCUUUAUGUAUCUAUAAAUUUAUAGCUUUUUUCAUUACCCAAGAUGUUCAAGUUAUAACAUUCCAACAUAAUUUAUUACCAAAAGCUGCCGCAAUGUUGAAUUGUAAUAUAGUUUAUGGGAAUUUGAUGUGUUUCAAAAUUUGUUUUAUUUUGCAUAAAUUGAUAUAAAGUUUUAUUUUAUCAUUUUAUACUCAGUGUGGUGAUGAUAAUGGUUGCACAAGAGACUUUUUUGAUAAUUUAGUGCAUGUUAUCAGUAAUCUGUAAGUAAUUCACAAUUAUGUUGUUAAUGGCAGUUUUGUGUAUGCUUCAGUGUUAUGCUUGAAUAUAAUUUUAUUAAAUAUUAUGUGCGUACUCUUAUUAUAUGUGAAAUAGACAUAAAAAUGAUUUGGAAUAUCAAUUUCAUGAUAUAAUGUGUUGUAUUUCUAUUUCAGAAUAUUCAUAUAUUGUAAUAAUGUGACAAUAAAUGUCAGUUAAAGCUGUAAAGUGUUGAUAUAUAUCAAAUCAGGCUACAGGUUGCUUAACAAAGUUUUAAAACCAAUUUUCAUAAGGUGAAUUUUUAACUUUAUGUGAAAAAAAAACUUGGACCCAUAUGACUUACAAAAACGGAGUAUCAUUGAGGGCCUUUCAUUGUUACUUUGUAACUUCAUGAUAUUCAAGAUUCACUAUUUCAAAUCAUAAGAGAUGUGUUUCAAAAAAUAAACCUUGUAUUAAAUAAUGUUUUACCUCAUAAUUCUGUUUAUUUUAACCCUACAAGGAUUUGUUUUUGUAUGAAUACAUGUACAACCAACACUGCAGGUUAAUGCGGCACUUUCAAAUUUAAUAACCAUUCCUUUCAAAAGUUUUUGGCUAAACGUCAUAAUUUACAUGAAUAGACCAUGUAUGUUAUACACUCGCAAACAAUAGAAAGAAUACUUUUACAUGUUUUUUUUUCAAAUGUUUUUACAAAUGGUCUCUUUUGUUGCAAAUGAAAUAUUGUUUUGAUGAUUUGUCAUUGCAAUGGACAUCAUAUUAUCUUUAAUACAAAUCUAUAAAUUAAAAAAGUAACUAUUUGUUGUGUUAACAAGUACAGACUUUGUUUAAAAAUGGAAAAAAUUGAGAUGAAUAAAAGCUGCUUGUUCAAUAGAACAUUGCUUAAAAAUACCACCAGUAUAUCACCUGUUGACUCUAAUCUUUAAAAUAAAAUGUUAUUAUUUGUGUAUACCAAAUAAAUGUUAAAACCAAAAUUUGGGUUAUUUUC